CGCCCCCAGAGCCGAUUGGCUGAUCUGCUGGGCCCAUGGACCGGGGGCGGAUCCAUUUAAAGACCUAGGGACCAGCGCUUUCUGUGUCUAGCUCACCCAGACAGGUGCGGGCGCUGCGGGCCUGCAUUCCUUUCGUCACCAAGCGCAUCUCCUGGGGGAUGGGGUGGGGUGUGUUUCCUUGACGGAUUUUUGUGAGCCCCACCUCCCGGCGGAGCGGAGACCAUGGCCCCUCAGGGCUCCCGGGCCCCGCUGGAAUUCGGAGGACCCCUGGGCGCUGCGGCGCUGAUGCUGCUGCUCCCUGCCACCAUGUUCCACCUGCUCUUGGUGGCUCGCUCCGGGCCGGCGCGCCUCCUGGGCCUCCCCCCGUACCUGCCGGGACUCGAGGCGCUGUGGAGCCCCGGGGCGCUGCUGCUGUGGCUCACCUGGCUCGGCCUGCAGGCGGCCUUCUACCUACUGCCGGCGCGCAAGAUGGCUGAGGGCCAGGAAUUGAAGGACAAGAGUCGCCUGCGCUACCCCAUUAACGGUGCCUGGGACUGGGCCCUUUCGCGGGAGUUGCACGGGUGGGGUGGAGCCUCAGGUCUAGCGGGGUCUGUGACCACCUGGCGCGCGCGUGCGUGUGCGUGUGUGGGGGUGGGGGUGGAGGUGAAAGGGCACAGUCCCCAGGACUCACCCUAUGCUGGGGGUUCAGGCUUCCAGGCCCUGGUGCUGACAGCCCUGUUGGUGGGCCUGGGAGUGUCAGUUGGGCUGCCCCUGGGAAUGCUCACGGAAAUGCUCCUGCCCUUGGCGUUUGUGGCCACCCUCACCGCCUUCAUCUUCAGCCUCCUUCUGUACCUGAAGGCUCUACUGGCCCCUGCCUCCGCCCUGGCACCUGGGGGGAACUCAGGCAAUCCUGUUUACGACUUUUUCCUGGGACGGGAGCUCAAUCCGCGCAUCUGUUCCUUUGACUGCAAAUAUUUCUGCGAACUUCGGCCUGGCCUCAUCGGCUGGGUCCUCAUCAACCUGGCCUUGCUGGUGCAGGAAGCAGAAUUUCGGGAGAGUCCCUCCCUGGCCAUGUGGCUGGUCAAUGGCUUCCAGUUACUCUAUGUGGGUGAUGCCCUCUGGCACGAGGAAGCUGUCCUCACCACCAUGGAUAUCACACACGACGGGUUUGGCUUCAUGCUGGCCUUUGGGGACCUAGCCUGGGUACCCUUCACCUACAGCCUGCAGGCCCAGUUCCUGCUGCACCACCCACAGCCCUUGGCGUUACCCACAGCCUCGGCCAUUUGCCUCCUCAAUGCUGUUGGUUACUACAUCUUCCGUGGAGCCAAUUCCCAGAAAAACACCUUCCGAAAGAAUCCGUCUGAUCCCAGAGUGGCCGGCCUUGAGACCAUCUCUACAGCCACAGGGAGGCAGCUGCUAGUGUCUGGGUGGUGGGGUAUGGUCCGCCACCCCAACUACCUUGGAGACCUCAUUAUGGCUCUGGCCUGGUCCUUGCCCUGUGGGGUGUCCCACCUGCUGCCCUACUUCUACCUCCUCUACUUCACUGCGCUGCUGGUGCACCGUGAGGCCCGGGACGAGCAGCAGUGCCUGCAGAAGUAUGGCUUGGCCUGGCAUGAAUACUGCCGGCGUGUGCCCUACCGAAUUGUGCCCUACAUCUACUGAAGUGGCUCCACCGAUCCUAGGUCCUGGCCAGUGCCCAUCCAUCUGCCAGCACACCCACCAGCAGGAGCUGGGGCACACUUAACUCAAAAGCCUGCACUCAGUCCUGCCCUGAGCUCCAAAAGGCAGGGAUGAACAGCUUCAGAGAGGUGGUCUGGAGCAAGGAGAAAAUGAAGCCAGUACCCAAAAAAGGGAGAGGAGGGGUUGCUCCUACUUCUUGGAUAAACAUCUGGAACCCUU